UUUUUUUUUUUUUUUUUUUCUCUAUUUAAUGAGAAUCUUGGAGCAUUUAUAGAAGUUGUUCCUGCUAAUACCUUAUCCCCCCGAUACUCAAAUAUGGUUGAACCUAUGUACUAUGUGCAUUGUUUUUGUGAUCUUGCUAAAGUCUUGUUGCUGAGAUGCAUUUUCCUAUGAUUUGGCUUGAAGUGUUCCAUUUACCCUUUUGUUUAUGCUUUUAAAUUAACGUUUUAUUCUCUUAGGAGUUCCUUAAAUAUCUCAAAUGAGCUCUUGAGUUGUGAACCUAUGAUGACGUGUGGCGAGGAAAAUUCCAUUGCUGAUAUCGGAGGUGAUUCAGAAAUGCAGGUAGAGAUACCUUUAGCUCCUGUUCUCAGCUAUGCCGAGGAGGUGUCUAUGAUGGUCGACACUGUCAUUCAAGUUAUCAUUGGGUUAGAUGCUGUGAUUGAUAUGGCUAGCAUACUAGAUAAGCAGCCACAUGUUAGGCAACUCGUAGGAGAUAUUUUCCAAUCCCUUAAGCUUGUUGGUAAAGAUGGUGAGCAAGUAGCUGCAACUCUUGGUGCACAAGUGAGAAAGUUGUUUGGAAGUUCUGAGUUUAUAAAGGCAUGUGUUGACACACAUGAGGAGGAUCCUAUGCUGUUAGCACACAUUAAAGCGUUCUCAUUGGAUGCAAAUGACCAAGUACGACUGGAAUAUCUGAAGAGGGAUGCCUUUUUUGGAUUCUUUUUGGCAGCGAAACAAGACUUUUUCUGUAUGAGGGAAGUCUUGGCAAUCAUACUGGGGUAUUGGAGCGAUCAAAGCUUGUAUCUCAAGUUGAUUGAUGAGAUCAAGAAAGCAGGCGUGGAACUUCAGCGGGUAGAUGUAAUUAUAGCUGAUGAUGUUGAUUAUCCUUGUACUGUGCAGGGUUUCAAAGAUAUGCUGAAAGAUAACUAUACAGAGGAUGUUUAUGAGAAGAUAUGUGAAAAGAAUGAUCUUGAUAAACUUUCUCGCAAAGUAUGUGGCCUGUCUCAAAGCGAGAUAAAAUGGCUGUGGAUUGAGUGGCUUGACGAAAAUACCAUUGACGUGCAAAUCACCGGGUAUUGGGAAUACCCAUAUUUUGUCCCCAGCAAUUGACAUUUUUUCUUUCUUUUUCUAGUUGGUUGAGAACUUCUGCUAUGAAGUUUGUAUGAUUGUACCAUGAGUUGUUUCGAUCAGUUUUUUAUGGCCUUGUUUUAUGGAUUUUAAACUAAAAGGAGAACCGAUAUUUGAUUCUUGUGAUUUUUCAGAAUAUGUUCUCUAAGAGUAGAAGAAAAACAUAGCAAAAGAUAUCUUCAAUUUUCAAUACUUUGUGAUUAUUCCGAAAA